CGAUGAUUACAGGGCAGCUGAGCAAGCCGCUGCUCUCCCUGCGCAGCAACAUGAGCGCGGCAGAACUCCGGGCGGAUGACAAAGCGGCCACCCCAGACAGCGAGCUGAACGACGAGCCCCUGCUCCUGCCCUCCGAGGCCACGGACAGAGAGGGCACUCCCAACAAGCUUUACGGAGCUCGUGAAGGCUCGGUCCACUCCGAUGCCAGCAGCAGUCCAUCAGAGCAGAGUCAGCUGGGCCAGUCUCAUCUAGGAUACCCAAUGGGUCCACAGUCUCUCCUGGUGGCACAGCAGCUGGCGAACGCAGUAGGGGGCGUGAUGUCUGGGGCAGCGCAGGGCAUGAAUCAGCCCAUCCUCAUCCCCUUCAACGCAGGUGGACACCUGGGCGGGCAGCAGGGCCUGGUCCUAUCCCUGCCCACCGCCAACAUCCAGAGCCUGGUGGCUGCUGCUGCUGCAGGGGGCAUCAUGACGCUCCCGCUCCAGAACCUGCAAGAUUGA